UUAUUUUGGUUUAAUAUGAAAUCUUCAAAUCAGAAACUUGUUGAUACAAUAAUUGGACUUGAGGAACAACAAAAGCAAAUAGAAAAAAUUCUUUUAGAGUUUGUGCAAACUGGUUUAGGCGGUUCUUGUUUAAUUUGUGGAAGAAGACGUUCAGGCAAAUCUCUUGUUUUGGAUCAAAUAAUUAAAAGACUCCCAAAUAAUCUCCGAAUUGUAAAUGCUGAUGGGGAGAAAUGCAGCAGUUUUGCUGCGAGUGCCAAAAUUUUGCAAAAACACGGACUGGAUAUUGGAAAUUUUGAAGAACAUAAAAAUAAAAAAGAAGUUGGGGAAUCGAAUUCAAAAAUACUUUUUGUUGUUGAUCACUUUGAAAGUUUUGCCAAAAAGAAUAAUCAAGUAUUUUUGUAUAGUCUUUUGAAUGGUUGUCAAAGGCUUCCUUGGUUUGUAAUACUUAUUGGGAAUACUGAGAAUGGUUUGUCUAUACUGGAAAAACGUGUCCGUUCAAGACUUUCAAAGAUUUAUAUCCACUUUAAUGUUCAACUUUCUAUUGACGAUUUCAAGUCGGGUUUCUUUCAACUUCUUCAAUGUACUCAAAUAACAAAAAAUAUUAUAAAGGUAAUUUUGAAUUUUUUUUAUUUAGUUUAA